GUGCCAGUCUAAGUGGUUGAAAGUCUUAAGUACUAGUUGUCUAUUUAUAGAAUGAGCUCAAGUGUUGAAGAUUGUAAGAAGGUAUUCUUAGAAACACACAAAUGACUUAUAAAAACAUUAAAACAUAAUUACCAGUAGGCAUUAUUCUUGUACUUAUUAUGUGUAUGGAUUUAAAAGGCUGAAAUAGUGAAGGGAAUACUAAUGUAGCAAAAAAUUCUUGUGAAGAAAUUCAAAGAAAUGGCUUCUAAGACGCAAAUUUUGUCUCUGUACAAAUCGCUUUUGAGAGAAUCGGAGAAAUUUCCUAACUACAACUUCAGAUCGUACGCAAUUAGGAGAGUAAGGGAUGCCUUCAAAGAGAAGAAGACAAUCACAGAUCAGAAACAAGCGAAGAAGGAAAUUGAAUAUGCGAAAGAAAAUCUCGCAAUAAUUCAAAGACAGACCUCAAUCGGGAACAUGUUCAAAACAGAGAAACUCGUCAUAGAGAAUACGCGAUAAUCAAAAUGGCUUCCGAAAAUGACCUUCAACGACAUAAUAUAAGUUAUUGACUUGAAUACCUAGUAAGUAGUUGACUUAAUUCACUUUUAAGAGCCUGCAAUACACUAUACAGCCAGGAUUUUAACCCAUACAUACUAUAAUAUAACAUACAUAAUUAGCUUAAAUAUCGACACCUUAUAGCGAACCACGUAAGCUCCAUUUUGAAAAAUCUCUUUCGGAUGUGAUUUUUAACAAAACCACGCAAUAGACGCGCUAAUUUAUAUCAUUCGAAUUUCAAACAUUCGAAGGUCAAACAUUCGAAUUACAAACAUUUAGUUUUGUUGAAAAAGGCGAUUAUGAGGUUUUCUUUUCACUAUAAUAAGGUAACUCCAUGUAGCCUAUACACGUCCUACUGCUAAGCAGAGACCUUCACUCAAUCAGUCAUGAGCAAUAUCAUGUACCCACUUCAGAACCCCGUCGCACUAUCAUAUUUGACAUUUAAUGAGACUUAGGUUUAAUUUGUUAAAAAAGUUAUUGUGACGUUUUCGUAUCGGGUCAUGCCCGGCCAAAUAGUUAAUGCCAUAUGCGGCAAGUCUACGAUAUUAUGUCAAUUUAAAAAAAUAGGCCCGUUAGACUAAAGUAAGACCCAGAGGGGGUGAAGUCGACACCCGAUAGGCAAUGGUGCGGGGCGGAGUGUUACCGUUCUAAACGUUGUAUUCCUUACGUUCUACUAUAGAGAACCUUACCCUUAAAUAAUUCAGUACCUCACUAGUAUAUUCUUUAUUUCACUGCCAAGUAGCUUAUUACUUUAUUAAACAGUACCAGUGAUGUAACUUUCCCGAGAAUGUUCCCACUUUGGGAUCACUAGAGUAAAAAAGCGCAAAACUAUAUAGUCGUAAGACCGAAUGUCCUUUUAAAAUCCAAAGCCAAAGCCAAAGUUUAACUAUUGUGUCUGGCAAUCUGGGUCUUGGAGGUUAUACAAACACCAGAUUACAAGAAAGAACAAUUUGAAAAAGAAAAGCAGCCAAUGUCCUUACUAUUAAAAGAGGUUUUUCAACGGGAACAUUCCCGUUCUGGGAGCAUUCCCGCUCUGGGAGCAUUCCCGCUCUGGGAGCAUUCCCGCUCUGGGAGCAUUCCCGCUCUGGGAGCAUUCCCGCUCUGGGAACAUUCCCGGGAAGGGGCACAUUACUGAACAGCACAGUAUACUCUCUAUUUAGUAAAUAAAAAUGAGAAUUAAGUCAAGUAUAUCAAGUCAAUAAAGGUGCUCAUUUUGGGGAAAAAAAACUGAAUUUUAAUUUAGUUUGACUCAGAGGAGUUAUAGACGGCAGGCUGCCUUUAAGCACACACCGGACACUUCAUACAAAUAACGUUGACGUUAUCGUACACGCGCAUCUGUGUGUGUGACGCCCAUACGAUUGAAGACUAAAGUAAGACCGAGGG